AUGGCCGUGUCGUCUCUGCCGGCAGCAGCAGCGCUAACCGCAUUUCGGAAUCGGUCGCCAGGCGAGAGGGAGCUGUCACCGGAACUCAAGGCGAUUCUGGAAGUCACUGCCGUCACAGGCACCGUCUGGCAUGACUGGGAGAGCGUGAGGGAGCUAUUGGGAUUCACCAUCUCUCAGGUUCUGGAGGAGUAUGAAACAGAGCGUGUGGCAGGGGUGGGUCCGCCUCGCCCGCUGCCAUCAGGAGAGACGUUUGCGGAGCUGAGUGAACGCAUCCUCUCAUACCUUGAGGCAUUCACAGACGGGCCACCUUUCACCAUUCAGCGCAUCUGUUCCCCUGACAUUGCCCCGCACUCGCCUGAGUUUGCGGGGUUCUUUCGAGAAGUGGUGGUGGAGGAAGCAGUGAUGGAACUGGGUGGGGCCGAUGGGGGUGGUGGGUCGGGUGGUGGGGUGGGUGGUGGGGCGGGUGGUGGGACGGCGGAGGGCAGGGCUAGGAGCAGCGGGGGAGUGGCGGUGGGUAGUGGCUCUGCUGGUGGUAGUAGUGGUGUCAGCAGCGGUGGGAGUGGCGGUGGCGAGGGAAGCGGUGGGGGCGACGCGGGCAGCAGGGGGAGAGGAGCGAGUGGUGGUGAUGGUAGGGAGGCUAGGGUGGAAGUGGGGAGGAUAGAUGAGAGGAAGGAGGAGGAGGGGGAGAAGGAGGAGAGGGGUGGGUCUGGAAGCGGUGCUGGGGAGAAGGGCGAGGGGGGGAGUGAGAGAGUGAGGGAGGGAGGGGAGGAGGAGGAGGAGGAGGAGGAGGCGAGCAAGUGGCUGGUGGAUAACCCCCCGCCUGUUGCCUUUGGACCCGUGUCUCCCACAAGGGAGGAAAGCAGGGAGGGGAGGAGGGAGGAGGGAAGGGAGGAGGGAAGGGAGGAGGUGAGGGAGGAAGAGAAGGGGGAGGAGGAGAUGAAGGGGGAAGGAGGGGGUGAGAUGAAGGUGGAAAGAGGGGGUGAUAUUCGAGUGGAGUGUGAGGAGAAGGCAGUAGAGGGGGAGGAGGAUGGGGAUGGUGGGAGUGGGGAGGGAGAGGACUUGGCAGGACAAGAGCAGGGGAAGGAGGGAGGGGAGGCCGAUGCAUCAAGCGCGGCUCAACAACGGCGUAGAGUACUGUGCAUGCUCUCGAGUGACGGCACUUUCCCUCCAAGGCACAAACCGAAGUCGCUUGAGCUCCCUCGAGCCGUCGCACAUGGCUUCCAUCAUUCCUCCCAUGAUCUGGAUGAGGAGGAGAAGCAGAGGCUGAUUGCGGAGGAGAUUGUGAAGAUCGAGCAGCAGACGAAAGCGAGGGAGGAGCAGUUGAAGCGGGCCGCUCUUAAAGCCCAUUUGGAUCACGAGCUUCGGUUCGGCAAGAUAAUGUUCUCUCAGGCGAAAUACACCACGGCCAUCGCGCAUUUCGACAAAGUGCUCGGCCAAUCAGAGGACGACACAUAUCACCACGGCGAGGCCUCGCUCCAGAAAGCAGCGUGCCUCGAGAAGCUCGGCGCGCACGACGAAGCGCGUCGCCUCUACAAAUCCCUCUGCCAUUUCCGCGGCGCGGACCACCACAUCAAGAGACGCGCCGCGCAAGCCCUAUUCGAAGGCGAUUCGCAUAAUCCCGCGAAGCAGCGGCAGAAGGAGCAGACUCAGAACGACAGGCCGUCGUUAUUAGACGACUACAUGUACAAAAUGUUUCUCACGGGCUUCGGAAAUUACACGUUGAGUGGGCGGAAACAGGAGGAGUCGCGACAGGAGCGGAUGCUGAUGCAGGCGCUGCCAUGGAUGCUGGUUCUCAUGGCUCCUGCUAUGGUUGUAGGGCUUAUGCUGGCCAAAGGGGGAGAAUGA